AUGCUCACCAUAAGUGUUGAUCCAUCUAAACUUAAUCUAACUCUAUCUAACUCCAAAAAACGGAGUGUAUUUGAAUGUGGUAUUACUUGUGCAUCGCUUAGUGGUUCGUGUCCUGCUUGUUUGAUUGAAGAGUUUCACUCAUAUUUUCGUAACGAAUUGUGUACUCCCGAUAGUUUUAUGACAGUUAGUUUUGCUACUCAAACUGUUUCUUCCGGCGGUGUUAUCUUGAGUGGUGUGAGGGCUAUAGGUAAAUGUGUACCUGUUUCUAAUUACUAUUUUGGUAUAAUGUCUAGUCUGGAUUCUAUUUUGGGAAUUAGAGGUAUAUAUAAUAAGGUUGAUUGUGUACAACAGAAGCUAUUACGAUCAAAUGGGCCAAAACCGUUAGUUGAUAAAUGCCUUAGACCGUUACUAUCGUAUCGUGGUGCUAUGGUUGCACUUGCGGGUGCUGAUGUUGGGCAUAGUGUCGGUUCACUGUUUCCAUUUGUUGGUUGUGCAUUAAUUCCCAACAAUAUUAUAAUUUCCGAAGGUGAAAUGAUUUCUACUAAAAUUUUUCUCGAUGAAUGGCACAGAAAGAACUGUGUUGCCUUGUUACCGAACCUUUGUGAAUGUGCUUGA